AUGUUGGAUUUGGGGGCGUCAAUUAAUGUUAUGCCUAAGACAAUUUAUGCUUCUCUUAAUCUUGGGCCAUUAAAAGGCACGGGCAUUAUAAUCCAACUAGCAGACCGUACCAACGCUUACCCAGAGGGGUUAGUUGAAGAUGUUUUGGUACAGGUCAAUGAGUUAGUCUUUCCUGCAAAUUUUUAUGUCCUAGAUAUGGGGGAUGAGAGGUCAUUAAAUCCGUCACCUAUUUUGCUAGGUAGACCAUUUUUAAGCACUGCUAGGACAAAAAUAGAUGUGAAUGAGGGUACUUUGUCGAUGGAGUUUGAUGGUGAAAUUGUAAAUUUCAAUAUCUUUGAUGCGAUGAAAUACCCGGAUGAGGCUAACUCUAAUUUUACUUUGAGUAUUAUUGAGCCCCUUGUACAGGACACAUUUGAAUUGGAUGGGGGCGAUGCACUGGCAGUGGCAUUGGCCAAACAUCUUGAGUUGGGAGCAACUCUUGAUGUAGAAAUAAGUGAUGAGUUAUACCGUGCAGUUGAAGCACUGCAUUCGUUCCCAUCAAUUUCUCCAAGGUAUGAGCUUACUUCUCUCUUUGUACCAGAAACUCAGGCGAAAUUGUUGCCUUCUGUUGUGCAGGCACCUGAGUUGGAGCUCAAGUCUCUCCCAAAGCACUUGAAGUAUGCAUUUCUCGGGGACAAUGAGACGCUACCAGUCAUCAUAUCUACUCACCUGUCACCAAGGCAAGAAGACAAUCUUAUUCGUCUUCUUCGAGAUCAUAAGGAGGCGAUUGGGUGGAGCAUAGCAGACAUUAAGGGAAUUAAACCCUCCUUAUGCAUGCAUCGGAUCCAGUUUGAGGAUGAUGCAAAACCGGUAAGACAGGCGCAACGGAUAUUGAACCCACUAAUGAUCGAAGUGGUAAAGAAGGAGAUACUUAAACUGCUGGAAGUGGGAAUCAUCUUCGCCAUCUCGGACAGUCCGUGGGUUAGCCCAGUUCAGGUGGUCCCGAAAAAGACGGGAGUGGCGGUAGAAGAGAACCAGGAGGGCGAGAUAGUCUCGGUGAGGAAACCUAUAGGAUGGUUAUUUCCAUAUCGCAAUAGCACCGGAAGACCAGGAGAAAACUACAUUCACCUGCCCCUUUGGGUUCUACAGGAGAUUCAUCAAAGAUUUCUCAAAAUUGGAGCGCCCCUGUUCAAACUAUUGCAAAAGGAUGUAGCGUUUGACUUCACCGAGGAGUGCAAGGUGGCAUUUGACAGAUUGAAGGAGUCAUUGACAUCGCCGCCCGUUAUCCAACCUCCAGACUGGAGCCUCCCAUUCGAAAUUAUGUGUGAAGAGAGUGACUACACAGUGGGAGCGGUGUUGGGGCAAAGAAUUGGCAGGGCGGCACAUGCAAUCUACUAUGCAUCGAAAGCAUUGAAUGGAGCUCAGCUCAACUACUCUACGACAGAGAAAGAAUUACUAGCUGUGGCUCAUCAGAUGGAUCCUGCUACUUCAGAGUUUAACUUGGAGAUUAAAGAUAAGAGUGGGGCAGAGAACUGGGUGGCUGAUUACUUGAGCCGCUUGCCCGCACAUAAGGAGGAGCAACCAUUGAGAGAGACAUUUCCAGAGGAACAACUACUUGCCGUUAAUUCGUCUGCACCCUGA